AUGGUCUGGGACGGUGUGUUCAAAAUGAACGGCACUGAGGGCAACAACUUCUACAUCCCCAUAUCCAACAGGACUGGGCUUGUAAGGAGUCCUUUUCUAUACCCUCAGUAUUACUUGGCGGAUCCAUGGCAAUUCUAUCUGCUUGCUGUCUACAUGUUCUUCCUGAUCUGCUUUGGAUUCCCAAUCAAUGGUCUGACCUUGUAUGUCACAGCCACAAACAAGAAGCUCCAGCAACCUCUGAACUUCAUUCUGGUCAACUUGGCUCUGGCUGGAUUGAUCAUGGUCCUCUUUGGAUUCACCAUCACCAUCACAUCUGCUGUCAAUGGCUACUUCAUCUGGGGACCAUUGGGCUGUGCCAUUGAGGGAUUCAUGGCUACACUUGGAGGUCAGGUGGCUCUGUGGUCUCUGGUGGUGCUGGCAAUUGAGAGAUACAUUGUGGUCUGCAAGCCCAUGGGCAGCUUCAAGUUCAGUGUCGCCCAUGCUGGUGCUGGUGUUGGAUUCACCUGGGUGAUGGCUGCCACUUGCGCUGUUCCCCCACUGGUAGGCUGGUCCAGAUACAUCCCUGAGGGCAUGCAGUGUUCAUGUGGACCUGACUACUAUACUCUGAGUCCAGGCUACAACAAUGACUCAUAUGUCAUAUACAUGUUUGUCUGCCACUUCAUGGUUCCAGUCUUCAUCAUUGCCUUCACUUAUGGAAGCCUUGUCCUCACAGUCAAGGCGGCGGCAGCUUCCCAGCAGGACUCAGCAUCCACCCAGAAAGCUGAGAAGGAAGUGACACGUAUGUGCCUCCUGAUGGUUAUGGGUUUUCUGAUUGCCUGGACCCCCUAUGCCUCUGUUGCUGCUUGGAUCUUCUUUAACAAAGGAGCUGCGUUCACUGCCCAGUUCAUGGCUGUCCCAGCCUUCUUCUCAAAGAGCUCAGCCAUCUUCAACCCAGUCAUCUAUGUGCUGAUGAACAAACAGUUCCGUAACUGCAUGCUGGCUGCUGUAGGCAUAGCAGCUCCUGAGGAUGAGACUUCUGUGUCAACAAGCAAGACAGAAGUGUCUUCUGUGGGCCCUGCAUAG